AUGUCGGCGGUCACGAAGGCUUUACAAGGCUAUCCUCCCACGCUCCUGGCUAAAAUGGGAGUUCUCGUGCACAGCCUUAUGGCGGCCGUUGGAUCCUUCCCACCGAGCCCCCUCCCCCGAACAUCGCGCUGGAGUCUAUCCAUCGAUAGGGCUUUGGGCUUUGGUCCCGUGAUGCCAAGGGAGCCCCGACGACCAUCAACCUGUGGUCCGCAUCCGCACAGGGUACUCACGCCUGCACAGUCUUUGCAGGGCCCCCAGCACCAUCGGUACUGA